UAUAUUAUUAAGAAUAAAGUUAUAAGGAAGAUUAGGAGCUUGGGUCGAUAUCUUUCAUGGAAAUAUGGUCUCCAUACCUCCAGCUACUCCGCCUAGGAGCUUCAUCAAUGUGUGCUUGUGGGGUAUCCAUUUGAUUACACAUCUGAGGUUGUUGGACUCCUAAGGAAUUCCUUUUAAGGUUUGACCUCAUGUUCAUCGCAAUUUUAAGCAAAUCCCUGAUAUCAUCAUUAAGAGUCUUCCUCUUCUUUGGAGAGACUUCUGGGUGGUUUUCCAUGUUGGAAGCCACCAGCUGCCUCUCAUUCUUUCUGAAAGUGAACUUUAGAACUUUAGUUUUGAGAUCCUUCUGAAAGGGUGAAUUCUGCAUAUUUGAGGACAAUGCUGGACUAGUCUUCACUGGUGAAGGAGUUGCUGCUUCAUCCAGUAAGAAAUCUGACAAGUUCUCUUCUGAUUCAGAGUAAAUAGCUGUAUUCAUUUAAUU